GCUAUCAAAUGCAUAUCCACUUGUCACACGAGAAGCCUUGAGAGCGCUGCGAUCGAGGUAUCCAGGCAACACAGCGGUGGAAGAGCUAGAGAAAACGGUUAUCAAGGAGGGUAGAACGGGCUUAAAGGAAGGCCACCUUUACCAUGUGUGGAGAUUGGAUUAUCUUGUCAAAGAUGCUAUACUUUAGGAUCUUAUUCAGAUCAUCGCUGCGCAUCUAGCGUUCGAGCGCUUCGUUUCCAAAGCGUACGAUCCAUUCGCGAGGAUGACCGCUCCGUUGAAUUAUGACCCGCUUAUGGAUGACGAAAAUGAAGAGGAGUACGAGGAUGAUUACGACGACCAGAGCGGAAGUCACUCUCGGCCACCACUGUACACUAAAGACACCCUAUUCCAGAUUAUCGACUGGAAGCCCACGCUUUGGUGGAUUCCAAAUAAAGGAGACAUUGACAGGGUUGCGAAAUAUCUUCCAGCCGCACCAGAACGUAGAUCUUUCCACAAUGGUCGCAUUAAGAGAUUCAAAGAAUACUUCUCGGCAGCGGCAGCUGCCAUUCAAUUCCUUGAGCGUCUUACAUCCCAAAAGCGUGCGCAAGUGCGCAAAAUUGUUAUCCAGAAAGAUUACACGAGCAUAGGACUCUCCCAGACCCACGCACGCGGUCUUGUUCCAUAUUUGCUCGAAAAUCCUAGACUUCGGAUAGAGCGACGCGUCGACAUCUGGGGGACUGUGCUUAACCCCAAUAGCGAGCGUUCCGGCGAUGUCCGGCGCUGUCUCGAGGAAGUUGCAGCGUGGAUACACGAAGCAAGGAUGCCAUGGAUUAUGGACCUGCCAACGGGUUCUUUCUCCUUGGUCUUACAUGCCCCUACUAAGAGAGCCAGUCAGCUCCUCUGCAAUGCCAUGAUUGGGGCUGCGCUAUGGCAGGAAGGCGCUGAAGAACUGACACGCCGGAGGGGCGAGCAGUGGGGGGUUUCUGUAGUCGAUGACUUCGUCGACGUUAUAAAGGCGGUGGUGCGCGGCGAUGUUCCGGUGCGUUUCGAGGCAGACAUGGGCGAGCUAUGGGAUAUAGACAAGAUCUUGCGCGAGCACUCUGGCCAGUGGCCCCGCACAGUUGGGGGACGCGUUGCCUUUUUCCAUUUCGAGAUGCUUGAUGGAGGCUGGGAAGCGGAUCGCGCAGAGUAUAUGGAGGAGGUUGAGCGGACGGAUGGAAUGGACGGUUGGGAUCUAAUGGUAGCGGAGGAUUAGCAGGGCAUAACUACAAUGAGGGCAAGAUGGUGAUGUCGACUAGCAAUUCUUCUAUUCGCAGAAAAUACGUGUCGUUACAAUGCGAAAACGUCGAAACGUUUGCGUAGAGUUGCAUGUGGAGGGCGCUGGCCGUGAUCG